GCAUACUAAUGUACAAUCACAAGGGACAUUUAAAUCAAACAGGUAACAAAACAAACAACAACAACAAAAUGCUGUUAUUCAGUUAAUGCUGGUGUUAAAUCAUGUGCAACUACAAGUGGUCUUUCACUUCCUGAACAGAUGUAAAUGUCAGAUGUCAGACUACGUCUCUUGCGGGCUAACCACUCACAACUCAUCCUGACGUCAGCAAACAAGCUACAUAAAAGCCUGAAGCCAGCAGCAGAGCUCUGGUCAUAAUGAUUCCUCUCAGUCUUCCCCUGGCUGUGACUUGUCUGCUCACUAUCUGGAAUAUAGAAUAUGCUGCAGGCUGUGGUGAUCGACAGAUGGAGGUAGAUGGGAAAUGCUGUAACAUGUGCCCCCCAGGAACAUACAUGAAGGAGUUGUGCACAAAGUACAAACAGACCGUCUGUGUCUCCUGUGAGGAUCAAUACUUCUCCGACAAAUACAACCUGUUUGACAGAUGUGAGGAAUGCCGGUCAUGCCAACAAGAAUACACUGAGAAAUGUACGCACACCACAAAUGGAAACUGUUCGUGCCGCUCUGGUUUCCUGUGCUCCAACAAUGCAUGCUCAAAGUGUGAGGAAAACAAAUGCGUCAACGGGGAGAAACUGAAGAGGACAGACAGUGCCAGUUUUGAGUUGACAGAGUAUUCAUACCAGUGUGAGCCUUUGUGCCCUGAUAACGCCUACUACAUUGUGAAAGGGGGUAUCUGCAAGCUGCACAGAGACGGUGGAGCAUCCAGUCACUGGGUCCUCGGAAUCGGCUUUGUUUUGCUUUCUCUCUCUUUCUUUGUGUUUCUGUCUUAUGUCUGCAUAAAGAAGCAAUGGAAGCAGAAAACAUAUAAUCAUCCUAAAGAAGUCUUGGCUGUCUCCACCCCCACCACCACCACCACCAUCACCCCCACCACCACCACCGACUUCCACCUGUCGAAGGAGGAGAGCGGCCUGGAGCUCGUCAUUCAGGAUGAAUCAAAGAACAACAAUAGUCUUGGUUUCCUGCGUCUGGAAGAAUCUGUCACACCAACACAAUCACUCUGUUCACUAUAA